AUGUCGUUUCCGCCCAAAUCCCCCAUACAAAGCAACCUAUACCUGAAAUACUCCCUGCCCACGUCACAUCACAUUACGCCAGAAACCCACAUCGGUCCUGAGGCAAAGUGCGUUGGGCUUCCUACAACCGUUGCGACGCUGGCUUCAGGCCGCAUCAUGAUCUCUAACUGGACGGCUUCGCAAGAGUUGGUCGACCAGGCCCCGCUUCUCUGUGUUGGCCAACAUCACGCUGCCCUAUCACAGUAUGACCGAGAUCUAGACAAAGGCAAAAUAAUGGCGAAGUCUCCCAAGACUAAAGACCGAGAGAGAGAUGCUGUGGAGAAGGAUAAAGAGAAGCGUCGGUACUCCCGUCCGUCCCAUGGAAAACGAACUGGCACAUCAACCAGGGACCGCGACUCCACCAUGACUUCGUCCACAUCGAGCUCUCAUACUCGAACACGCAGAUCGUCCAUGCCGGAGAUUGAUAGCAAUGCAGAUUCGGCUGCCACCUCAUUUCUCGAUUCGAGAGCAAGUCUUCCAUAUCCGGCCUUGAAUAAAGCGCAUAGCAAGGUGGCGUUAUGGGGUAAACCCGAUUCUCCACGGCAGGCAGAGAUUCCUACGCCAGAUCCUACGGACGUCGACCACCAUGAAAAUCGUGCGACUACAUCUCGAAAUGGACACCGGCAUGGAACACCACCGAGUCCACCGCUCACUGCUGAUCAACGAUCCUCAAGAGUCGGGAGCUCGAUUGGCAGCAAACAUAAGGAUAAAGAGAGAGACACCAAAGUGAAAAGCCGCAAAGAUCCAACACAGUCAACAUCUAGCCUAGGACGAAAUCCCGAAGAUGGUUCGCGAGUGAGCACAAAGUCUCCUCGAUCAAGCACCCCGAUCAAGGUCCGGCUUCGAGAUUCACCUACACCUCACCGUACAUCUAGUCACAGGACAUCAAAGUCAACGUCGCAGAGCUCCGAUCUGCCCAAGCGUGCCGCAAGUCAUAGCUCUAGAUCAGCGACACAUUCAAUCGUUCACAGCACCGACAAUAUUUCUCAAUAUACGACCGACUCUGAUGCGACAUCAAUUGCCCCGAACCAAGCCCAAGUCCCGCUGCGACCAAAAACCCAUUCACCACAGAACCGCGCACGAAAGCAUUCACCUCCGAUUGAAGUGUUCAUUGAAGAGGAAGAGUCAGUGGUCAAUGGGAACCAUGACCAAUCUUCGUCUUCGCUUCCUCCACCGCCUCCACCACCUCCACAGAUGCCUGUCGCACCACCCCGAGUAGAUUACCUGCUACAAAACGGCGGGUUGCGAUAUCCAGUACCUAAACACCUUCUCGGGGCUGGACUGCCACCGAAUGCACCCGACCACCUUCCUCAUCAGCAAAAUGCUAUUGUUCAAGCAUUUGAGCCCUAUCAUCGAUUACUAGACGAUUAUAAUAAGGUCUUGUCAAAGAAUGGAUCUCUUGCUGUAGCUACAGGUUAUCGAUCUGUAGCUCGGCGAUUACUGGACCGGUUGGAAGCUGUUUUUGCAAGAGACAUAUCGUCCGAGACUUGCCAAUGCGUGAUGUGUGAUGGCCAAGAGUCUGAUGAGAUGACUACGGGUGUCAGUUGGGGCGAGGUUUUGGAGCUGGUCUCCGGCCGACGCGAGCUACCUAGCUGGCCUCCAUUCCAUAUGCCUGCACCUACACAAGAUCAGAUUGCUCCCGGUGAAGAGCAUAUCCCCAUGCAGAAGUUGGAUAUUGACGUGCCAGAGGAAUAUCGUGAUCACUACGUCCGGCAGUCCCGAAAGACGAAACAGGCAGUUGACAAAUGGCUACUUGGACAAACAGAUUCGAACGCGCCAGAAGAAGUAGAUGAUGAGACGCUUGCAUUUGCAAUGAUGACAUAUUUAGAUACAGAACAGAGGGAUAUCUUUUGUACACUACUAGGGAUCAAAUCGUCGACCCCAGUACCGAGAAGCGCAACACCUGCUCCGCGUCCCCGUCCGGAACCUUUGAUUGCUUCUUCAUUGGCUAUACAGCGCUUGUAUCGUCUAGCCGCUCCCGCACGAGAUUCCGAGACAGCUCUCUACAUGUUGAAGAACCCGCUUAUUCAUAAUGUUCUUGCGACCCUAGCAGCAAUAAGUGAUGAUGAGUGGGAGAUUCUCAUCUCUGGACGGUUUGAUGGCUUUUUGCGAAGUGGCGCUGAGGACACUUUCAAUCCAGCACUAUCUGCCAGCCGCGCGGGGACUCCUUUUGUCAUACCCUCGUCACGGGGACCGACACCUUUCCAAAUGGAUCCAAUUCAUCGGCCCAUGAGCCAGCCGUACGGUUCGACCAUUUCUGCCUCAUAUGGCGCACCAAUUGGACUAGAUGAAGACAUGGAAAUUGCGGUGCUGGCCGAGAUUGAGAAAGAUAUAUUUCAGAGCAUGGAAGCGCUCGAGGAUGCAUUCGAAGCACUACACUGCAAAGCCGAAGCUGUCCGACGUGCACUACGUGAACGAGGAGCCGGAUUGUCGGUUGCUAAUCAAGCCCGUCGAGGUUCUUCUACAAAUCUUGACGCCCGAUUAGGCACCCCCGCAUCCAUGGCGGGAAGCCUUUGGGAGAAUGCUCUGGACGAAGACGACGGAAUAGACGAUGACAUGUCCCUUGCCCCCGAUGACUCGGCAAGUAAUAUCAGUUCGAAUCGACGUCGUCGUCCAAAACGGCGAAAUGAGCGACGUACUCCCGCGCCUGUGGAAGAGGAGGAUGAGGAAGAAGAUGAUUAUGACGCGCGGCGGAUGCGACGCAGGUAGUUCUCGGCUUUUUGUUUAUGAUCUCGGAACCAGUCCAUCAUGAUAAUGACAGCGAUACGUUAUGCAUUCAAAUGAGUGAUGAUACCAAGAUCAUCAGAUUAUAUCCAUGCUAUUACGUUUUUGGUCUUUCUUGCUAUGUUGUGCAUUUGAAAAGACAGUUGGGCCUCUGCAUUAAAAGGGUUCUGGUUCAUAGUGAAUACCUACCUCCUUCAUGGUUUCGUAACCCUGAUUAACAUGAUUUAUCAGUCUGUCCCGUCAAUCAGAA